AACUGUCAUUAAAGUUAUUUAUUUAUAACCAAAAUGGCCAUGCUACAAUGGUAUAACCACAUAUAUUCUCAAUCCAUAGAAAUGAAAAACUUAGCAAUUACGGGAAUGAGAAGUGGUGCAUCGAUUGAUGAAAAUGAGGAAGAAGAGAUUUCAAAAUCGGCUUUUGCAUCGCUUCAAGCCCGUGAAGAAGAGAUAGAGAAGAAGAAAAUGAUGGUCAAGGAAAAGGUCAAGUUGAAAUUGGGCCGAGCAGAAGAAGAAACCCGACGUUUGGCCCAAGUUUGGGAAGAGCUUGAAGUUUUAACAGAUCCUAUGAGGAAAGAAGUAGCAACGGUUAGAAAAAAGAUAGACGUGGCUAACCGUGAAGUGAGAUCGCUGGGUCAAAGCUGCCAGAAAAAGGAAAAAGAAUAUAAAGAAGCAUUGGAGGCUUUCAACCGCAAGAACAACGAAAAGAAUCAACUAACCGCCGCGUUAAUGGAGUUGGUGAAAGAAAGUGAUGUAAGGAUGAGAAAACUAGAGGAACUGAACAAGAACAUAGAUGCUCCAUACUGAUUAGUGACUGUUAUAUAAUCUUCACAAGUGAUCUGGAUAUUUUGCUCAUUUGUAUUGUUUAAUUAGUGAAAUAUGUAAAACAUUCAGUGGUUUGUGUUUCUUGUUUUUCUCAUAUAUGAUACAAUUAUAGUUUGCAAUUUAUUUUCUUUAUAAAUUUCUUACGA